AGAAAUACGGUUAAUCCUUGGUCUUCUUCCGACCGACAGUAAAACGCUUGUCAAGGUGUGGCGUCAAUUUUUCUGUGAGGGGUCGUAUUCAUUAUUAGUAUAGCUGACUGAAUGGGAAAGGUUAUCAAGAUCUUCUGAAAAUCACACGAGGUUUCUGUGGUUUGCGUAUGGAUAAAAUAUGAUAGCCAUUCUGUUUCAUUUAUACAAUGUUUUCACUAAACUAUUCGAAAAAUCAACGGAGCCUAGAUCAAGCAUGUGUAAACUUGUACUCCCGAAAACACAACAUCUUAUCUUGAAUGAUGAGAACAUACGAAAUCGACAAAUAUUUAUAAUUGGUGAUGUUCAUGGAUGCUAUGAGGAACUCAAAGAUCUCUUGAUUCUAGCAAACUGCGAGGCAGACCGAAUUCUACCAAUAUUCGUUGGUGAUAUUGUUAACAAAGGGCCACAUAGUGUAAAGACAUUAAGAAAAGUUCGUGAACUGAAUGCGUAUGCCGUAAGGGGCAAUCAUGAGGAAAAGGCUCUUAUGCAUUAUUUCAACUGGCGUAAAAAGAAUGGUGUCAUUCCGGAAAAGUACAAUUGGAUAAAAGACUUGGAUGACGAUGAAAUACAUUUCUUACAAGAAUUGCCAUAUACUAUAGAAAUUCCAGCAAAAGAUGCUAUAAUUGUACACGGAGGAAUAGUACCAGGGGUGUCUUUGGAAAACCAGAAUUUAACAGAUUUUAUUACAAUGACGAGUUUACAAAGGAACGGUGAUAAAUUAAUCGCUUCACCCAGUAUAUCGUUAAAUGAAGCAUGGGCCUCACUAUGGUCUGGACCGGGUCACGUGUACUUUGGACAUGACGCUGCGCGUGGUCUACAGCAAUAUCCGUAUGCCACGGGACUAGAUACUGGAUGUUUAUAUGGCGGUUUUCUAACUGGUAUAUUUGUUGACAGUAAAAAGAUUUUACAAAUUAAAGCAAAGCGAGUAUACCGAACACCUUAA